GUGGGAGGUGUGCCUACUCACUCCGCCUCUCAAAGGUCAUCCAAGGUAUGCUAAUGGGAGUCCUGAUGACAUCACUGGGACCAUAUAAGAAGCAUGCAGAAGUCUGGCUGCAAACCUCUCUUAGCUGAAAUCUGAGGAAACCAGCGGGCACAAAGCUAGCUCCGUCUGUCUCCAAGUCUUCCCUGUGGUCCUGGGAUACAAGAGGACACCGCUCUGGAAAAUAUGCUGUUCUGCCAUUCCCAGCCUGAGUCCUACCACCAGCACUCUGCUAGUUACAUUAGAGAGGCCUUGGCACCUUUCUUGAAAAAUGAAGAAGCGAGGCUUAUGGCUGAAAAUGGUGCCAAGAGGACCCCAUUCCAGUACAUUCUGUGUGCAGCCACCUCGCCGGCUGUGAAACAGCAGGAGGAGAGUCUCACUUAUCUCAACCAAGGUCAGUCCUACGAAAUCCGUAUGCUUAACAGAAAACUAGUGGAGUAUACAGAUAUAAGCAGCAAAUAUGUAAAGAGCAAUGUGCGCGUGGUGUUUCAUGACCGUCGACUGCAGUAUAUGGAGCACCAGCAGCUGGAGGGAUGGAGGUGGAACAGACCUGGAGACCGAAUCCUGGAUAUAGAUAUCCCGUUGUCAGUGGGGAUUCUGGAGCCCCGUUCACACCCUCUGCACCUCAACACCAUUGAGUUCCUCUGGGAUCCUGUCAAGAACGCUUCUGUUUUCAUCCAGGUCAACUGCAUCAGCACUGAGUUCACCCCCAGGAAGCAUGGUGGGGAGAAAGGAGUGCCUUUUCGUAUCCAGGUGGACACUUUCACCACCAAUGAACACGGGGAAUACAUGGAGCAUGUCCAUUCUUCCAGCUGCCAGGUCAAAGUCUUCAAGCCUAAAGGAGCUGAUCGCAAACUGAAGACAGACAGGGAAAAGAUUGAUAAAAAGGCCCUUCAAGACAGAGAAAAGUAUCAACCAUCCCAUGAGACCACUGUGCUAAAAGAGUGUUCCCCUUGGCCUGAUGCCCUAAAUCUCACCAGCCACAGCAGCAGCAGCACUCCGUCACCAGUUUACCACAGCUCACCAACAUCCUGUAGUUUCACAGAUGGCAACUGUUCUCCAAACCAGCAAGGGGAGCUGCUCAUGCCCGGCUGCUCUGAUCACCUUCUGCCAUCAUCCUCGCUGCAGGACACUCAGCAGUGGCUGCACCGUCACAGGUUCUCACCUUUCUCAAGGCUCUUCUCCAGCUUCUCAGGUGCUGAUCUAUUGAGGAUGAGCAGGGAGGAUCUGAUCCAGAUCUGCGGCCCAGCAGACGGUAUUCGCCUCUUUAACACCAUGAAAAGAAGGUGUAUGCAGCCCCGUCUUACCAUCUAUGUGUGUCAGCAGCAGGCCAGACAUCAACCUCCCAUCAAGCCAGGAGGUGGAGACAUCUACCACGCUCUGUACCUGGAGGAGCUGACGCUGUUGGACCUGGCUGAAAAGAUCGCUAUGCUGUACAGCAUCACUCCACAGCAGAUUACACACAUCUACAGACAAAAACCCACCGGGAUCCAUGUCUUAGUCUCUGACGAGAUGGUGCAGAACUUCAGGGAGGAAACAAGCUUUAUUCUCAGCACUAUAAAGGAUGAAAACGCUGAUGGCUACCACGUUGUGUUGAAAUGACCAACAGGUGCUCAGGAGGUUCAAAGUUUCAUCAGUGGAAGUGUACAGACUGUAUAUAAGUCCUUCUAGACUACAAUAUGUGGCAUUUACUAAGACUUACAGUACACUGACAUGCUGUUAAGCAUUGGGUCUACUGGUGAUUUUGUGGUUUUGUUUUGUUUUCUUUCAUUUUCCUGUUUUAUUUGUAUUUUUGUUAAGUUCGUGUUUGAUAUGCCUUGUAAUUAUUGGUAACCACUGCUGCAUUACUCCUUCACAUGUGCAUACAUUUUUGGCUUAAACACCUGUAAAUGCAAGUUAAUGACUUGAAUGAUAAUAAAGCAAAGUAAAUGUCACACAUCACCAUGCAGACAAUAGAAAAGACAAAUGAACAAAAGUGUAUCAUGUUGUUUUAAUGCAAAGCUCUAUUUCCAUGCUUGCCCCAUGAAAUGCUGUGAUGUCUAUUGACGGUUUCUGUUUCUUAAUGCUAUACGGCCUCUUGUCUUGAUGAGGUGUAAUGUGAAAUUUGGUAGAAGUGAGGUGUUUAUGCACAUAGGCCGACUGUAUGUUUAAACAGACAUGCUGUGUUGCAGUUUGGAGGAUGAUUUUGACCGCCAUGGCUCUAUGAUGAGUGUAUUUCACUCAAAAUAAAGUAUUUUGCACCGUU